AUGCUUCUCGCGAAGGUUGUAGGACGUAGUUGGGAAUUUUGAAAAUCAGCACUGACCAAGUCGUCAUUCUUGCUCAGUGUACAUUUGGACGAGCAAAAGAAGAAAGUUUUAGCGAUGUUCAUACUAUUUCUGAAGAAUAUGGGUCUUGACGUGAAGUGGGACACAACAGUUCAGUCACGAUUAUCGAACUCAAGAAGCGCGCGAUCUCAGCUGGCCGAAUUAACUGAAAAAGUUGAUAUCGCCAUUGCAUUGUAUAAUUGGUGUCAGACUCAAACAGUUCCCUAUUUUGAUGCGGCCGUCAAUAGGGUGUUAACGCAACGCGAUGAAUCGAUGACAUUUGAUCUGCUGACACCAUACGAUCACUUCUUCCAUCGAGUCAGUUGGUUUCUUUAUAAUUUUUAUGCUGUUCCAGCUUUGAUAUUUAUUCUAAAUGGAAUUCAUUGUUGUUGCAGUUCUGCUUGCUUUUAUCAUCCUAUAAGUAUAAUAUUACCAUGCGAUCCUAUGAGUAUUAUAUAUUAUCAUUUUCUAAGUAUUAUUUUGACUUAUGUUGUGACCUGUCUUCGUUCUCAAUGUGAGAAAAAAAGUGCAUGUCUCCCUAUACUGGGCAAACCUUUUGCAUCUGGCUGA